AGGUUUGAUAGCUUCCAUGCUCCAGGAAGCUCAUGGGUUGACACAUUGUGGAAAAACACAGAUGCAGAGGUAUCUGACACAUUGGUGGCAUCCGUUCUUGCCAGCAAUGAUUGAAAAUUAUAUCAGAGAAUGUAGAACGUGUACAGAAUACAAUGUGAGACCAACAGUGAAACCACACGAGGGAAAAUUCCCUCUCCCAAGAAUGCCGGGACAGGAAAUAGUGAUCAACUACACUGACAUGACAGAGAGAGUAAACGGAUACCGGUACCUUUUAGUAGCAGUGGAUGCAUACACUGGUUGGCCAGAAGCGAUACCUGCAAAAAAGGAAGAUGCAAAGACAGUGAUCAAAUUCUUGAUAAACAAAUACAUUCCAAUGCAUGGGUUUCCAAAGAGAGUCAGGUCAGAUAAUGGCACACAUUUUAAGAACAAAGACCUGCAACAAGUUGAAGCAGCUUUAGGACUGAAACAUGCGUUUGGAACAGUGUACUAUCCUCCAUCACAGGGAAAAGUGGAAAGAAUGAAUCAGUCCAUAAAAGGAAAAAUAGGAAAAGUGUGUGCACAAACAAAGUUAAGCUGGGUGGAUGCCCUACCUUUAGCCUUAAUGUCCAUUAGAAGCUCAGUAAACUCUAUUACAGGGUUCACUCCGUAUGAGCUAACAACAGGGCAGCAGUUCCCGGGACCAGGAGCUGGAAUACAGAUCUUCGAGGUAGGAGGAGUCUCUCUAAGGUACAAACUUUACAAUGACCAACUAACAGCUCUGGUGUCAGCUUUCUUCAAACAGGUUGGAUCGGAAAAGGGGGAUCUACAGACCCAGGCGCCAUCUACCGCAGACUGGGUCCUGUUGAAGGUGAUCAAACGGAAGCGGUCGGCGCCGAGGUGGACAGGACCUUAUAAGGUGGUGGAGAGGACAUCUCAUGCGGUCAGACUACAGGGGAAAGGAGAAAGCUGGUACCAUUGGAGCCAGUGUGCAGCCACGGAACCGCCAAUGAGAACUCUAGAACAAAUAAGAACAGAAAAAGAGUAG